AUGUGGAUCAAGCGCGCCAUCACGCUGUCGCCACUGGCGCUGCAGCACGUCAACUUCUCGUUCCCCGACUGCUCUCCGGGCACGCCUCUGUCGGCUAACGCGGUGUGCGAUACUUCGCUCGACUACUGGACGCGCGCCACCUCGCUCGUCGCCGAAUUCUCCACGCAGGAGCUCAUCAACAACACAAUCAACACGGCUCCCGGCGUGCCUCGUCUCGGCAUCCCGCCCUACCAGUGGUGGACCGAAGCGCUGCAUGGCGUGGCUGGGAGUCCGGGCGUCAAUUUUGCCGACGAUGUCGAGAAGCCGUAUGGAUCGGCGACGAAUUUUCCACAGAUCAUCAACCUGGGCGCGACGUUUGACGAUGCCCUGUACGAGCAGGUGGCGACGCAUAUUGCCAACGAGACGAGGGCGUUUAACAAUGCCGGCAAGGCGGGGUUGAACAUGUACAGCCCGCUCAACAUCAACUGCUUCCGCGAUCCGCGCUGGGGCAGGGGACAGGAAACCGCGGGUGAGGACCCGCUGCACAUGAGCAGGUACGCCGUCAAGAUGGUCCAGGGCCUCCAGGGCCCCGACGAGGACAAUCUCAGACUGGCAGCGACGUGCAAGCACUACCUUGCGUACGAUCUGGAAAAGUGGGAUGGGGUGGAGAGGUACCAGUUCGACGCGGUGGUUAGCAAGCAGGAGCUCGCCGAGUUCUAUCUGCCCCAGUUCCGCGCGUGUGUGCGCGACGGCAAGGCGGUGACGCUCAUGACGUCGUACAAUGCGGUGAACAACGUGCCGCCCUCGGCAUCCAAGUACUACCUCGAGACUCUGGCGCGCCAAGAGUGGGGGCUGGACAAGAAGCACAACUACGUCACGUCCGACUGCGAUGCUGUGGCGAAUGUGUACGAUGGACACCACUAUGCCGAUAGCUAUGUUCAGGCGGCGGCGGACUCGAUCAAUGCAGGUACGGACCUCAACUGCGGCGCGACGUAUAGCGAUAAUUUGGCACAGGCUCUCGAACAGAAUUUGACGAGUGUAGAGACGAUUCGUACCGCGGUCGCGCGCAUGUACGCCAGCCAGGUCCGCCUCGGCCUGUUCGAUUCUAAAGACGGUCAACCGCUGCGGGGGCUUGGGUGGGAGGAUGUGAAUACCAAAGCCGCGCAGGAUCUGGCGUACACUUCGGCAGCGGCGUCGGUAACGCUGCUCAAGAACAACGGUACGCUGCCAGUGGAUGCCGCGAUGAAGGUGGCGGUGAUCGGCCCGUACUCGAACGCGACCUUUGCGCUGAGGGGUAACUAUGCCGGACCGGGUCCGUUUGCGAUCACCAUGACCGAAGCUGCCCAGCGCGUGUUCAGCCACGCCACCAUCAGCUCGACCAACGGCACCACGAUUUCGGGCGCGUACAAUCAGACCGAUGCGGAGGUGGCGAUGGACCUUGCUCGGGACGCCGAUGUGGUCGUGUUUGCCGGUGGAAUCGACCCGACGAUCGAGAGCGAGGAACUCGACCGUUCCACGAUCGCAUGGCCGCCGAACCAGCUCCAGCUCAUCCAUACGCUCGGCGGCAUCGCCAAAAAGAUGGCGGUGGUCCAGUUUGGAGGUGGCCAGAUCGAUGGUGCGUCGAUCAAGGCCGACGGUAACGUCGGUGCGCUGUUGUGGGCGGGAUAUCCGGGUCAGAGCGGUGCGCUGGCCGUGAUGGAUGUGAUUGCGGGCAACACUGCCCCCGCUGGAAGGCUGCCCAUCACGCAGUAUCCUGCGGAGUACAUCGAUGGGCUGGCAGAGACGACCAUGGCACUCAGGCCGAAUGGAACGUAUCCAGGAAGGACGUACAAGUGGUACAGCGGAACGCCAACUUACCCGUACGCGCACGGACUGCACUACACCACGUUCAAGGCCGAGCUCGCCCAGCCGGCACCGUACACCAUCGCCACCGCGGGGUACGCCGAGUUCGAGCAAGUCGCGAAGGUGCAAGCGACAAUCACGAACACCGGAAAGCGGGCGUCGGAUUAUGCGGCACUCGUCUUUGCGAGGCACACCAACGGUCCAGCACCUCAUCCGAACAAGACGCUGGUGGGGUAUAAGAAGGUCAAGGCGAUCGCGCCCGGCGAGAGCAGGAGCGUAGAGGUGGAGAUCACCCAGGCUGCGCUGGCGAGGGGUGAUGAAGAGGGCAAUCUGGUGCUCUAUCCUGGCAAGUACGAGCUCGAAAUGGAUACCGAGGAGAAUGUUCUUGCCAAGACGCAGCUGGUGCUCCAAGGCGACCAAGCGAGUGUGGUGCCCUGGGUCAAGGGCGACACGUCCUAG